AUGAAUCAAAUUUGGUCUACGGGGCCCUCAAAUUUUUACUAUAAUUCGGAAUGGAAAGAAAACAGAAAGUCCAACAGAACAAUUGAAGACUCUUUAAAGGAGCUGGAUGGGUUGAUUCAUUCUUUGGAGAGGACUCACAUAGAAGUACAGACGAAUCCAAAGGUAAAGAAAAGCGCAAUAGUCGCAAAUGACGUUGAUACAAAAGAAAAUAAUGCAGAAAUUUCCAAUAGAAACUACACGUAUCAGAAUAUUGGCAUCCCACUGGCAAGACCAAACCUGAACCAGUCCUUUUCUUCUUCUGGGGCGGUUGGUCAAUCUGGUAAGAGUAAAAUGAAUGAGAACUACUAUACAGAGUAUUUGUCUAAACCAAGGUCUUUUCAGCAAAUAACCAAGGAGCAAGCUUAUAAUGAGUUUAACAAAAGAAAGAGUUCUGCCAUUGUUCCCCCUUGGUUGAAUAUUCCGGAAAACUCAAAAUUCUUUGUUAUAAAGUCCUCAUCUUUGAAACAUGUUAAGAGAUCAUUCUACAACGGAAUUUGGUCGUCUACCCAUUUCGGUAACAAACGGUUAUCUGAAGCGUACAAGACAUUGAAAUCUGGAGCCAAGAUCUUUUUGUUUUUUUCGAUCAAUACAUCGGGAAGAUUUUGUGGUGUUGCUGAAAUGAUAUCAGACUUGAGAAUGGACUUGGAUACCAGCAUUUGGGAGGAUGAACAAAAGUAUGGUAAGGCAUUCAAAGUUAGAUGGGUAAUUGUACGUGAUGUUAAUAACAGAUCGUUAAAGAGGUUUUUGAUACCAUCAAACGAGAUGAAACCAAUAACUCAUUCCAGAGAUACCCAAGAAAUUCCACAUUCGAUUGGUAUUUCGAUGAUUAACUUAUUUAAAAUGCAAGAUUCAGAUAUUUUUUCCUUCUUGGACGAAACGUAUGAAUAG